UGGCCAGUCCAUCAUAGCGGCCACAUCGCAGCGUUCCAACAGUGUUUGGAAGCGGCACGGAAUGCUGGCCCUGAGCAGAUUGUGCCUCACAACUUGGCCGCUUUCAACAACUACCUCGAGUGGUUCCAUGAGAACACGCGUAUCGAGUUAGUUAAGCACGCGUAUCCUGAGGAGAUCUUGGACGACCCCAUCCAGUUCAAUGAGGUUGGGCAAAGCCAGCACGACACCUUUGCUCGCAGAGGGAGAUCGACUUCUAUUGCUUCCGAGCUGAACUUCGUGCGGAAGGAGAUCGAAAAAACAGCUGAGGAGUGCGAGGUUAUGUGGGAGCAGAGCGGGACAGAUGACAAGCCUGUCGGACCGUUGCGGUAUUUCAUUAAGAACACUGCACGAAAGAUGCGGCGGUUAGCCAGCUUGCUAGGUUGCCGGGAAGCCGAAAUCGCUACAUCUUCCUCUUCAGAAGAGCGGGAGAUUCCUGAGGACGAGCUAAUUCUGAGUCAAGCCAUACUUCCAAAGCGUACCUCGAAGCAAGCCCCACGGUCAGCUUACCAGUUGAAGCCAAGGGGCAAGGGUCCAAACCGGUACACUCCGGAAGAUUAUGUCAACCGAGGAAAGAAGGUUGUCACUGAGGAGGAUGAGGGGCCGCGGCGGAGAUCAGCUUUGUCGAGGAUGAGGAACGACGAGCCGUUCUCUUCAGAGGAAGAGGAGGAUGAGGAGGAGGAGGAGGAGGAGGAGCAGGAGCAGCAGGAGCAGCAGCAGGAGCAGCAGCAGGAGCAGCCACGGCAGCGGACGAAGAGGAUGGCCAUCCGGAAGCAGCCCGCGAGGACGGCACGUCGAGGACGCUACUAGGAUGUGCUACGUGUUGUUGUGAACUCUAUAUUCAUAAGUAUCGAUUUGUGAACCCUAUGUCAUU